AUGUCCAACCGGUUCGAUCCCCACAAGCCCUUCAUCUUCGAGCUCGAGUACUGGGAGACCGAGGAGUAUCGUGCACUGGAGCGAUUACGACUCAAGGCCUCGGCAAUGUUGAGGGACUACACUGCCGAAAUCGUCACCCAUCGCAUGGCGGAGACAGUGGCCAAAGCUGGGGAAGUCCAACUGUUGUUAGAGGAGGCCCGCGAUGCAGAGUUCGACGAGGAAGUCAUCCUCCCCAUCCCGCCAGCUGGGUUCGGAUCCAUUACGGCCAUCGACAGCCUCGUCGCCGCCGUAUACGCACUCGUCAGCGAGCCUGAUGGGCAUAUCCCGGCAACGAUACGCGAGCUUCGAGCAUACCUAGACGACGUCCGGCGUAAGGUCGAGUGGUUCCAGGUCUCGAUACUCGCGGAGCAGCCCUCGGAUCCCCAUCUUCUCUUAGAAAGGCAGUCUAUCCACCACAAUCUGAAGCACCUAGAGGGCGGCAUGCGGUGCAUGGAGGUCAUGGCUAAGCAGGUGGAGCUGCUUCGGACGUUCUUCAAGGACAUGGUGUACCGAUAG